ACCUUUUGGGGGAUUUGCAAACCGAAUUACAUGCAUGUCCAGUGGGGGAAGGUUUAAUUUUGACGAUGGAGGGUCGUACUGUGGAGGCUGGGAGGACGGAAAGGCUCAUGGCCACGGAAUCUGUACCGGCCCCAAGGGUCAAGGUGAAUAUUCGGGCUCCUGGAGUCACGGCUUUGAGGUGUUGGGGGUCUACACUUGGCCCAGCGGCAACACUUACCAGGGCACCUGGGCGCAGGGCAAGCGCCAUGGCAUUGGCAUGGAGAGCAAGGGGAAGUGGGUGUACAAAGGAGAGUGGACCCACGGAUUUAAGGGACGGUACGGGGUCCGAGAAUGCACUGGAAAUGGGGCCAAGUAUGAAGGCACCUGGAGCAAUGGAUUACAGGAUGGCUACGGGACUGAGACCUACUCGGAUGGAGGGACGUAUCAGGGCCAGUGGGUCGGAGGGAUGCGCCAGGGGUACGGCGUCCGUCAGAGCGUUCCCUACGGCAUGGCUGCGGUCAUCAGGUCACCCCUGAGGACGUCCAUCAACUCCCUGCGCAGCGAGCACACCAACGGCACGGCCCUGCACCCCGACUCCUCGCCUGCGGUGGCCGGCAGCCCCGCCGUGUCCCGAGGUGGCUUUGUCCUCAUGGCCCACAGCGAUGCCGAGAUCCUCAAGAGCAAGAAGAAAGGCAUCUUCCGCCGGUCGCUGCUGAGCGGGCUCAAGCUCCGUAAGUCCGAGUCCAAGAGCUCCUUGGCCAGCCAGCGGAGCAAGCAGAGCUCCUUCCGCAGCGAGGCCGGGAUGAGCACGGUCAGCUCCACCGCCAGCGACAUCAACUCCACCAUCAGCUUGGGCGAAGGCGAGGCUGAGCUGUCUGUCAUCGAAGACGACAUUGAUGCCACCACUACCGAGAUCUACGUCGGAGAGUGGAAGAACGACAAGCGGUCGGGUUUUGGGGUGAGCCAGCGCUCCGACGGCCUGAAGUAUGAGGGCGAGUGGGCCAACAACAAGCGUCACGGCUACGGCUGCAUGACCUUCCCCGAUGGCACCAAGGAGGAGGGCAAGUACAAGCAGAACGUCCUGGUCAGUGGCAAGAGGAAGAACCUCAUCCCGCUGCGGGCCAGCAAGAUCCGCGAGAAGGUGGAUCGGGCCGUGGAGGCGGCCGAGAGAGCGGCCACCAUCGCCAAGCAGAAAGCGGAGAUCGCGGCCUCCAGGUAGGCACCGAGGGGACGUGGG